AUGAUGUUACCAUUCUGUGGUAAUAUGCAAUAUGAUCAUACAAGAAUGGGUGAAAUACCAGAAAGUAAUUCAGUUUUGUUUUAUCAAAUGAAAUAUUAUGGUGAAAUUAAUGAUGUUUCAAAAAAAGAAAAUUUAACUAGUAGUUUUGGAUAUUAUGAUAGAUAUUUUAAAAAGAUAUUUUUAUUUUCAAAAUUAUUAUACAUGUCCUUUAAAAUAUUAAAUAAUAAUAAUAUUGAUUUAAAUUUUCAACAAAAUCUUUAUGAUUUUCAAGCAUGA